AAGGAAGGAGCGGGGAGGGGAAAUGAAAAGAAACUGGCUCCAGUGCGCAUGUGUGCGGAUGUGCUUUGGCACUCCAGGUAAAGAUGGCGGAGCGCGGUUACAGCUUUUCGCUGACUACAUUCAGCCCAUCUGGUAAACUUGUCCAGAUUGAAUAUGCCUUGGCUGCUGUAGCUGGAGGAGCCCCUUCAGUAGGAAUUAAAGCUGCAAAUGGUGUGGUGUUAGCAACCGAGAAGAAACAGAAAUCCAUUCUGUAUGAUGAGCGAAGUGUACACAAAGUGGAACCAAUUACCAAGCAUAUAGGCCUGGUGUAUAGCGGCAUGGGCCCAGAUUACAGAGUACUGGUGCACAGAGCCCGGAAACUAGCUCAGCAAUACUAUCUCGUUUACCAAGAACCCAUCCCCACAGCUCAGCUGGUGCAGAGAGUCGCUUCAGUGAUGCAAGAAUACACUCAGUCAGGUGGUGUUCGUCCAUUUGGAGUGUCCCUACUAAUAUGUGGUUGGAAUGAGGGGCGACCAUAUUUAUUUCAGUCAGAUCCGUCUGGAGCUUACUUUGCCUGGAAAGCCACAGCAAUGGGAAAGAACUAUGUGAAUGGGAAGACUUUCCUCGAGAAAAGAUACAAUGAAGACCUGGAACUUGAAGAUGCCAUUCAUACAGCCAUAUUAACCCUAAAGGAAAGCUUUGAAGGACAGAUGACAGAAGACAACAUAGAGGUUGGAAUCUGCAAUGAAGCCGGAUUCAGGAGGCUCACUCCAACUGAAGUUAAGGAUUACUUGGCAGCCAUAGCAUAAUAACUGAGUGACUGAAAAAUCUGGAAUCUCAGAUAAUCCCUCUACUCAAACAUGUUUAAAGUAUGUUUUGUUUUGCAGACUUUUUGCAUACUUAUUUCUACAUGGUUUAAUGGACUGAUGUUUUUAAAAUGACACUUAUAAAUCAUAAUAAACUGUUAAAUCCAACUUCUAGCUUUUUAGGAGUUAGUGAAAUUUUACAAUAGUUAUUUCCUGCUUUUUAUCACAGUUGACUUCUGGAAACUACACUGCAAAGCAGAAUGGUGAAAUCACUCGUUAGUCUUCAUGCAGUUUUGGUUCAGUCAAAUCUUGUUAGACGCCCUGCUGUCAGAUGUUGUCUGUGUGUGUCAGUAAAGCAAAAUGCUGGUUUUGGUAAACAUCACUGCGUUCAGAGCUGGGAGAGUCUGCAGGCUUUCAUGGAUUCGUGAGACGACAGGAAGUAUAGGUGUUUUGUAGGCACCGUUAGGUGUACGUCAGUGAAACCCCAGGACACUAAGGUUGCACUGGGGCUGUGAAGGGUGCUAGGCCAAAGAAUGUCCUAUAGGAAAUCUGUGAUACAAGUAAAUAAAAAGUGGUGGACUGGUUCCUGUUGGUUUCUCCAUCACAAGUAGGUAAAUGUAUUUAAAGGAGUCCCUUAGAUUCUCCUAGACUUUUUAAACUCAAGGAUGAACAUAAGUGCUAGAAAUAAAAUCCUUAAUACUUAAACAU